GCCUGGGAGCACUCUUUGCUCAUCCCCACUCGGCCUCCUUGGCCGAGGUCCGAGAGCCUCCUGGCUGAGGGGACGUAGCUUGAAUCACACUGGUUCUUCCGGCCUCCAUGGAUCUGGUUAUGCAGCCCUAUGGGGAACAUAACAUUCUUCCCCUUCCUCAUGCAGCCUGAGGGGCUAUGACCCAGGAUCCACAAGAAGAGAGACAGCCCUACCAUCGAAGGGGGAAGAGAACUAAGAAGGACUCUCAGGUUGCUGCCAGAACUGCCACAACCAUGUAUACCUUCAUCCCUGACAACUUCUCCCCAGCCAAAGCUAAGCCACCCAAGGAGCUAAAGCCUAUGCUGGGAUCUGUAGUGCUGGGGCUCCUACUGGUCUUAGCAGCUGUGGUUGCUUGGUGCUAUUAUAGCACAUCUCUCCGUAAGGCAGAACGCCUUGGGGCUGAGCUCUUGGAACUCCGAGCCAGUGGCUUCUCCAUUCGAAACCAGCAAGGAGAGCAAGUUUUCCGUCUGGCCUUCAGCUCCGGGUCCUUGGAUUUGGAGUCUUGUGCACGAGAGGGCGACAUUUUGAGUUGUUCUCGCUCCACCGGAGGCCCCCUCAAUUUCUUCAUCCAGACAGUGCGCCCCAAGGACACUGUCAUGUGCUAUCGUGUGCGCUGGGAGGAGCUGACUCCCGUCCCUUCCGUAGAGCACACCAUGUUCUUGGGCGAAGUGCACUGGUAUGGUGGUGCCGAGAUGCGCACCCAGCAUUGGCCCAUCCAACUGGCUGGCCUCCAGGCACCCCAGCCCUUUGUCACCAGUGACGUGUACUCCUCCCGCGCCGCCUUUGGGGGUAUUCUUGAGCGAUACUGGCUGUCCUCCAAAGCGGUGGCCAUCAAGGUCAAUGACUCGGUGCCCUUCCACCUGGGUUGGAACGCCACCGGCCGCUCGCUCCUGCUACAAGCCCGCUACCACAACACUCCGUACAAGCCUCCGGUGGGCCGAGGGCCCCUGCCUGAACUCAGUUACCGUGUCUGCGUGGGUUCUGACGUGACGUCGAUCCAUAAGUACAUGGUGAGACGCUACUUCAAUAAGCCAUCCAAGGUGCCAGCCCGAGAAGCCUUCCGUGACCCAAUCUGGUCCACGUGGGCCCUCUACGGCAGAGCAGUGGACCAGGAUAAGGUGCUGCGCUUUGCCGAGAAGAUCCGUAAGUACCGCUUUAACUGCAGCUACUUGGAGAUCGAUGACAUGUACAUGCCCGCCUACGGAGACUUCACCUUCGAUGAAGCCAAGUUCCCGAAUGCCACAGAGAUGUUUAGGAAGCUGCAGGAGGCCGGUUUUCGGGUCACCCUCUGGGUGCACCCCUUUAUCAACUACAACUCCUCCAGCUUUGGCGAAGGCGUGGAGCGGGGGCUUUUUGUCCGGGAGCCCACGGGCCGGCUGCCAGCCCUGGUGCGCUGGUGGAACGGCAUCGGUGCCGUCUUGGAUUUCACCCACCCAGCAGCCCGGGAGUGGUUCCAGGGUCACCUGCGGCGGCUUCGCACCCAGUACUCGAUCUCCUCCUUCAAGUUUGAUGCCGGGGAAGUGAGCUACCUGCCCCCGGAUUUUAGCACCUUCCGUCCACUGGCUGACCCCAACAUCUGGAGCCGGCGCUACACGGAGAUGGCUCUACCUUUCUUCUCACUGGCCGAAGUACGCGUGGGCUACCAGUCGCAGAAUAUCUCUUGUUUCUUCCGUCUUAUUGACCGUGACUCGGUGUGGGGCCAUGAGCUAGGUCUGCGCUCCUUGAUCCCAGCGGUGCUCACCAUCAGCAUGCUGGGUUACCCCUUUAUCCUGCCUGACCUGAUAGGUGGCAAUGCCGUCCCGGGGCACACGGCCGCCAUGGGUGGUGGGGACGCUGGAAUACCAGAGCGUGAGCUCUAUGUGCGUUGGCUGGAGGUGGCAGCCUUCAUGCCAGCCAUGCAGUUCUCUAUCCCUCCCUGGCUUUAUGACCAGGAAGUGGUGGAGAUCGCCCGGAAGUUUGCAGCCCUGAGGGCAGAGCUGGUGGCCCCCCUGCUCCUGGAGCUUGCUGGAGAGGUGACGGACACAGGCGAUCCCAUUGUUCGACCUCUCUGGUGGAUUGCACCUGGAGAUGAAGCAGCCCAUCGAGUGGACUCUCAGUUCCUCAUUGGCGACACACUGCUUGUGGCACCUGUGCUGGAGCCAGGGAAGCAGGAGCGCGAUGUAUACCUGCCCGCAGGGAAGUGGCGCAGCUAUAAGGGAGAACUCUUCAUCAAGGCACCCAUCCUGCUCACUGACUACCCUGUAGAUCUGGACGAAGUUGCCUAUUUUACCUGGGUGUCCUGAUACUGCUUAUCCUGGAAACCUCUUCACUCAAAGACCCUGACCUCAAGAUCUCAUUUCCUCCUUCUCUACCCUAGAGUCCUGGAGAGCACAUCCUGGGGACAUUGUGGCUCUAACCCCAGACACAUUUGUACACCCCCUCUCCCCAAAGGCUGUCCCUUACCCCAUUCUCAAAUCUAAUCCUGACCUGGAGAAUCUCUUCCCUGAAAGAUUUCAACCUUCUCCUCACAAGCUUUUAAUCUUGCCCCAGGACUCAAAUCCUUCUUCCUCAAUUAUACCUCCCUUAGGGCCAUUAACUUUCUCCAUCCAUCCAACUCCUUCCCCAAAAGACUUGGACUAGGGCCCUUGGUACUAAUCCAUCACCAGUUUCCUCUCGGCAACUCCCCAAUCCUAAUCAUUUUGAGUAUUGCUGCUUUCCCUUCCCAAUAAAAUUUGUCAGAAAGCUUUUAACACACAGAGGAGAUCAAAUAUCAAAGAUGCCAAGGUCAUCUGCUGCAUCUCAGGCCAUUGCCAGUCUUUCUGACUUUUAUCUUGC